CCAGCCUCCCGAGAGACUCUCUCGAGCUACACUACUAUCUCGUUAAGCUUAACGGUGCUUAACAAACCCGUACAACUUGAGAAUUCGAGUCACACGAACCUCAACGAACCUUCGAAGGAAACAGCCCUUCCUUCGAACAACAAGAGAAAUACCUUCUCUUGUCAAGUGUCUAAGAACACUAAAAACACUCAAAAACAAUACUCUCUUUUAGAGUGGAUAUUGACCUUGUUAUGUCACGGCGGUUUGGCAUUAUCAAAACCUGUCAUAGAAACGAACACAGUUUAGUACGACGUAGGCGUAAACUUGUGUUCCAACAAUAUAUAUAUAUAUAUAUAUAUAUAGACACACACACACACACAAUAUAUAGAUGCAGGGCAGUAGAGAGAGGGAGAAAGGUAGAUCUCAGGGUAUUGGAUUUCAGCAUCGGCGCUUUCACCAAGGGUAUCGAUUCUUCUCUGGCGAUGAUAACUCCCGAGCAAGGAACUGGGCUUAUCACGUCAAUUACCCUGCACACAAAGCUGCUCUCUGUCCCCACCGCGACAAAUUCAGAACUGGAAAUCAUAGAAGGGAUUUCCUCCGAUUCAGAGGCUGGCGUCCCUCUCAACGGCGAUUCAUAGGCGAUGAGGAGGUGUCCUUUCAGUCGCGGAAUUUUAGAGAGCGCUUACCCUCGUUUUUCAAGCAGAAAGACAAAGGCGUGAAUCAACUCCUCCCUUACGCAGGUCCAUUCUCCAAACCUCAUGGCAAGCACUCCAUCUUUAUUGAAAGUAAAAGGUAUGACUUUCAUCUCUCAGGCUCCCUCAACAUCUCUGAGCUCAAGAAUGGUUACAUUCGCACCAUCUCCAUUUCAACCACUUUGGCCUUAUGGUUAAUUGAAUCUCUGGAGAGUUAUAUUUUCAUCUCAUCUGAGUGGGCUUGUACUAGAUUCGAAGGGACAAAUUCAGUUUCUAUCAAUUGGAGCUCAAAUUAUUAUGGGGAUUUUGUGCAAAUUUUAGCAGUUUUUGAAGGAGCUAGAUCCACCAUUUGCGUACCUUUAGGAGCUAGAAAGAACUCUCUGAAGCUGUUCAUCAAGGGACUCUAUUAUUCCCUUAACAAUAGAAAUGCACAAGUUGGUCAAAUACCCCCUCCACCAGAUACGGCUCUAGGAGAAGAGAGGAAGGUGUCUAGCUCACAACCUCAAUUGAGAGAUGGUCCCUUGCUCAUUACAUCGGUUGGAUCAGAGGAAGUCUCUGAAACUGAUUUACCAAAAUGGCAAGACCCCUUGUUGGAUGACAUUUUGGGCAAGACAGAAAUGCAGAAUUCAAACAUAUCAGUACCAGGGCUUCUUGUCCAAAUGGAUAUCUCUGAUUUCUGCAGCAAAGAAUACAACUUGGAUAUAUGUUGUAAAGGAGAUUUUGAUGAAGAGUUCAUACUUUUAGAGCCCCUAUUCUCUGACCACUUUGAGUCCUUGUUCAAGGAAUCUUAUUGUUAUCUUAAAGAGGCUAUGACCAUCUCCAUGGUGCGUGACAAGUUGCAAAAGGGAAUUCUGAAAAAUGGAAAGGGCAAGGCCUUCAGAAUGACAAGGCAAUUAGCAAAAAGCAUUGAGGCGGUAGACUCAGUUAAGAUUAAAGAUAACAUUACUCUCUUGGAUGUAUCUCCUGCUUGGCUGUUGGACCUACUACUGGGAACUGCUGUUCUCAAUCACUGGGUUGGACUGCUUCUGAAUUUUGAAUCUCACUAUUCUUUGAGAUGGCUUGUGUCAAGCCACCUUGCUAAAAUUGGAAUUUUCAGAGAGUCUGUAUCCCCCUUUUGGCCCUCCAAUUACCCCUGCAAACUCCCCAAAGCUGUCCUCACAAGGGACCCUUUCUGCUUCAUCGCUGCCUACAACAGGACACAGGAUGUAAAUACCCGGCGAAGUGGAGAUGUCACAAGUUCAGAAGGCUUUGUUGGAUAUCCCACCUCUGCGGUAACUAACAAGCAACUAGUUAUUUUCCAGACCGAAGCAGCUCCUAAUUACAGCCUUUCCACCAGCCAAAUCGAAGAGUUUCCACCUUUGCCACGGAAAAUCCUUAGUCCUUUUGCUCCCACCUUUGUGCCCGCUGUAUACUCCUACGCUGAUAUUUUCACUAAGGAUCAAGGACCCCUUUACAAAUCUCAAUGGCCAAAGCUUGGUUCUAUCCCUCAACGCAGUGGAAGAUCACACUAAGGACAGGGAAGGACCCAUUCUCUAUACCCACUCCGAUGGGGAGGAUUUAGUUUUCAUAGACACAAAGCUCAAACCUUUGCAAAUCGACUUCUCAAGAUGCUCCAAACAUCCCCUCCAUCUCCAUAAGGAACUAAAGGGAAGAAGGACGUACUCACCAUCACAAAUUGUUACGAGGAGUAAGGCUAAAAUCCUUGAGCAAGGAAGAAAAUUUAAUCCUAUCG